CGGAAUAGGUUUGAAAUCGGGCUUCACAAAAGGAAAUGAACGGCGAUUGGGAGAAGGUGAAGGAAAACAUCAGACCUCUCAAACAAGGUCGGAAAAUGGCCCUCCUGUCAGCAGGCUUGUCUAGCAAUCAAGAAGUCGAUGAUAAGAUUGAAGUAACGAAGAAACAGUUUGAAGACGCCCUUGCUAAUGAUUUCAGACAAGGUUCCACAGAUGUCCAUGCUUUGCCAACUUGGGAGAGAUAUCUCUCUUGGAUAGAGCAAGCAUAUCCAAAUGGUGGACGACAACAACUGGAAACAGCGACUAUUCGGUGUCUCAAAGGGUACAUGCGAUUGGAACCAGCACCAGAAAAACUCAAGAAUUCUCAUACAUUUCUCAACAUCUGUUUGAAAUUUAUUCACCUGAAACAAAAUCCCUUACAAAUAUUUGACUAUCUUGAGUCUAAUGGAUAUUUUCAGGAAUUAGCUUUGUUUUAUGAGUCGUGGGCUGCUGUGCUGGAACUCAAGCAUAACUGGACGCGGGCCAAAGAAAUUUAUUGUCUAGGCAUUCACAGAAAUGCGGAACCAACCAGAAGACUUCAGCGCCAUUACUAUGAAUUUAUGGCGAGGGAAAGUCAAAGGAUGGAAGAAAAGCAAGCAAAACCUGUCGUCUCUGAUGGAAGAGAUGAGAGAUCUACAUUGGUAGACCUUCGAAUGUCCAAAAGAGGUUAUGUGGGAACGAUAAGAACUGGAGUGGCAGUUAGUGCUGGACAAGGUGGCAUUCGAUCAACUGCCCAACAGCAACUACCUACUGCUGCUUCAAAGCAGAAGUCUCACAAUCUACACGUUUAUCAAGAUGAAAACAUGAAGACACAGCCACAACAGCUGCCUCGACUGCCUAUGAGGCAUUUUCCUGACAGUAGUCACACGAAAGAGAACACUCAGAAGCCCAGCAAAUGGCCAAAGGCUAAAAUUGGGAGAGCCAAUCAACAACCUGUGAAACAACCAUCUAUUUCAACGGGAUUUCAGGCUUACAAAGAUCCGGAAGAGAACGAUGGCAAAGCAGCUGUAGGGACAAAACUGCAUUCUCAAUGUAAAGCGCUCAAGGAGACAAAGCUACCAGCAGUACCAAAUAACCCACUCAUCAAUGAAGUGUAUUUUCAUCCUGACUAUGGCUACACACGUGUGUCGAUGGACCUACCGUCAGACAUCUGUCUUGCCUAUGACCACAAAGUUAUUUACCCUCAAGGACGAGGAAUUAUUUUUCACCCACCUGAACUCGAUGAAGUCAGCUUUGAAGAGCUAAGAGCAUUAUUGCCAAAGUACACGUACAACGAGGACACAGUUGAGAGGCACGACGACAGUUUGGAGUUCACGUGUGUAGUAGGCACAAUGCAGAAAGCUGAAGAUGCAGAGACUGGCAGUGAUGUUGAAAUAGAAGAAGUCAACCCAACUGAAAUCCCAUGUGCUGUUCAAGCUCAACACAGGGAAGGGACUAUUACACGAUGCUUGCAAUUCAAAGAUGAUGACACUGCAAGCUGUCUCAGUAAACCAUCAUCGACUACAGCUGUUCAACCAUCUCCGGUGUCUUGCCACACAGAUUCUCAACAAAAUAGUAGUAACCGGGAACUUGUUACUUUGCUGCAUAACUCAGUGUCAGUGAACAAAGACGGUACUGGUGUGAGAGCUGAUCCAACACUCGAUGAUUCAUAUCUCAAUCUAUCUACCCAACAGCUGACCAGUAGUAAAUUAUCCAUCCCAAAUCCACCCGAGUAUGCUGUUCCAGAAAAAGUUGCCAUCUUGUCUGAGAGAGCCGAGGAAGUCCCAAAAGAACCUAACCAAAUGUCAGAGGAAAUGAGCCCAAAUCUAGAGAAAUCACCAACAAUGACCAUCUACACUCGCAAUGCUAUGGAAGCUGUUCAGAAGAUGUUUGAUUGCUCUCUUGCUCUUGACAAACCAGCUGCACUAACAGAAGAACAGAAAUCAUUUGAGGACCAAUUCAAGCUAUCAGAGAGGGUAGGGAGUCCUAAUCCACCAGUGUUUUCUGUUUUCUGUGACAAAGAAGGAGACGAUGACAGGAGCACAGCAAUUGGAAAUGUCACGGAUAUCAGACCAUCCAGAAUUUUAGCCGGAAAAAUGUCUUCUCAGGGCAAGGACACUUCAACGUCUGUUGUAUCAGCUGAGAAUCAUGAACCCUUUGAAGAAACCAAGCUUUCAAUUCGUGAUCCUAAAGUGUCAACACCGUGUGAUGUGAAUAUUGCCAUGAACUGGUCAAUCAGUCGAAUUCAAAGUCAAAAGGAAGCUUGUACAGAUGUUGUAGAUAAACGAAGGGCUUACACUGGGCCACAGCUGAGUCCAGUUCCUGAAGUAGAUAGCAAAGAGAACAGCAGCGGCUCAAGCAGUAAAUCCCUAAGUGACUCACCUCAACCCAUCAACCCAUUUAGUGAAACGUUUCUAACAAACGUGACUGAAUCGAUACCUGGAACUUUUUGGCAAGACAACACAAAGUAUUACAAUUGUGAGGAGUGGAAGUCUGACUUACACCUCAACAAAUUGGACGAGGGAACGUUCAUUACUUUGGGUGACUCAAUGUGCCAAAUUGAAAAGAAGAUUGGAAAGGGUCGUUAUGCUUCUGUAUACCUGGCAAAAGUGGUCGAAAAUGAUAACAAGGAUGAAUAUGAAGACAACCAAGUAGCAGUAAAGGUUCAGACGCCUCCACAUUCAUACGAAUUCUACGUCCUUGAAACACUGCAAGAACGACUCCAGACACUCCAGUGUGUUACUAACAUGAGACAAAGUAUCAUGUCUGUCCAAUCGUUUACAGUUUUGAGCAAUGUCAGUUUUCUUGUGUCAAAGUUCUAUCCGUAUGGAACACUUCUGGAUGUUGUCAACUGCUACCGAAGCAAUCUUCACACUAUACCUGAAUCAAUAGCGAUGUUUUAUACAAUUGAAAUACUGAAGAUUAUUGAUGUCAUUCACUUCUGCGGGAUACUUCAUUGUGACGUAAAGCCGGACAAUUUCCUCAUCAUUCACGACAGAGAUUGUUCCAGUUGGUCUGAAACUUAUUGCUCGAACGGCUCGAGUGGCUGGGCAGGUCAUGGCCUCCAACUCAUAGACUUCGGUCGAGCUAUAGACAUGCAAUGUCUUCCUGCUGGAACAACAUUUCGUGGGCAAGCAGGUACCAACGACUUUGAAUGCAUUGAAAUGAGACAGAACAUGCCAUGGACUAAGCAGUUCGAUAUGUACGGCAUCGCUGCAACAAUCCACUGUCUGAUAUACAACGAGUAUCUGAAAGCAGAUUCAGUAUACCAACAUCCACAGACCGGUCGUUGGGUGACAACAAAGAAGCCCAAACGGAAUUGGCAACGUGGAGUGUGGCUGGACGUGUUUGACUCUCUGCUGAACGUACCAAGUUGUGAGGACGUUCCGCCUCUUCGAGAGUUGUACGGCAAACUGGAAAAUGAACUUAUUCACACCGUAUCUGUCAUUGAUUUAGAUGAGCUGCAGCAGCAUUGCAGAGAGCUGUCAGCCUACUUAAAGUGACUUUUCCACUAAAGUAAGUUUAAUGAAAACGUUCUAACAGUUAGUUAUUAUACGGUAUGCCACAGCUUGGACUCCUAGGUGUUCAUUAGUUGUUCAGUUUGCUUUAAAUAAUGCCUUGCUAAGCUCUUUCAGUUAAUAGAAUUGUUGACAAGAAUUCUUCAGAUCCGAACCAAUACUGGCAUUUUCUAUAUUCUAUUAUAUAUUUUUAUAUUAUCCAUCGUCAUUUUCUAUGCAUAGCUCUACAAGUUGCAUGAGCAUGAUUAACAC